UAUUAGUAAAUUAAUUAAUUAAUAAAUAAACAACCCUCCCGCUCUACUACUGCGAUUCUCAACCCACCGCCGUCGCCGGUAAUAAUUCCGACCACCACCGUCUCCGAUCGGGUUGAUGUUCUUGAAUGCAACCCUUGUGUUGUAGUAGAAUACAUAAUCCGUUGCUAUUGUCUGGGAAUUUGGGGGACAGGGGGAGCGCUCGGAGCAACAACAAACCAGUGCUCCAUUGUUAGAUGUAUGGGUCGCCUCUCUUAUAUAUCCAGCGCUGAGCAACGCUCAUUUGUAGUAGCUGUGUGACUCAACCACUCACACUUGAGCCCAACAAUUAUUAUCUCUUCAAACGUACCAUGGCAAAGAGAAAGGGAAGAGGCCAGCCUAAAGCGUCAAGUCUUCUGAAGAAGGUUAAACACAGUGCAAAUGUCGAACCGGUUGUUCUUAAUAAUCCAUCAUAUGAAUUGGAAGUUGAUCUUGGGUUUGUAGAGGAGCUGGAGACAGGUACUAUGGCAAAGAGAAAGUUAAGAGAUCGGUCUAAAGCGUCAAGUCUUCAGCAGAUGGUUAAACAGAGAGCAAAUGUCAAAACGGUUGUUCUUGAUAAUCGAUCAAAUGAAUUUGAAGUUGAUCCUGAGUUGGUAGAGCAGCAGGUGACAGGUACCAUGGCAAAGAGAAAUUUAAGAGAUCGGCCUAAAGCGUCAAGUCUUCAGAAGAAGGUUAAACAGAGUGCAAAUGUCAAAACAGGUGUUCUUGAUAAUACAUCAAAUGAAUUGGAAGUUGAUCCUGAGCUUGUAGAGGAGCAGGAGACAGGUACGAUGCCAAAGAGAAAUUUGAGAGAUCAGCCUAAAGUGUCUACUCUUCAGAAGAAGGUUAAGCAGAGUGCAGAUGUCAAAACAGCUGUUCUUGAUAACCAAUCAAAUGAAUUGGAAGUUGAUCCUGAGUUUGUAGAGGAGCAAGAAACAGGUACCAUGGCAAAGAGAAAGGGAAGAGGUCGGCCUAAAGCGUCAAAUCUUUUAAAGAAGGUUAAACAAAGUGCAAAUGUCAAAACAGCUGUUUUUGAUAAUCCAUUGAAUGAAUUAGAAGUUGAUCCCAAGUUUGUAGAGGAGCAAGAGACAGGUACCAUUUCAAAGAGAAAUUUAAGAGGUAGGCCUAAAGUGUCAAGUCUUCAGAAGCAGGGUAAACAGAGCACAAUUGUCAAAACGGCAGUUCUUGAUAAUCCAUCAAAUGAAUUUGAAGUUGAUCUUGAGUUUAUAGAGGAGCAGGCGACAGGUACCAUUGCAAAGAGAAAGUUAAGAGGUAGGCCUAAAGCGUCAAGUCUUCAGAAGCAGGUUAAACAGAGUGCAAAUGUCAAACCGGUUGUUCUUGAUAAUCCAUCAAAUGAUUUGGAAGUUGAUCCCAAGUUUGUAGAGGAGGAGGAGACAGGUUCAAUGGCAAAGAGAAAGGGAAGAUGUUGGCCUAAAGUGUCGAGUUUUCAGAAGAAGGUUAAACAAAAUUCAAAUGUUGAAACUGUUGUUCUUAAUAAUCCAUCAAAUGAGUUGGAAGUUGCUCCUGACGUUGUACAGGAGCAGGAGAAUCAAUCAAAUGAAUCGGAAGAUGAUCCUGACUUUGUAGAGGAGCAGGAGACAGAAUUGUUAAUGCAAAGGGGACCAGGGCGACCAAGAAGGUCAAUGAAUCAGAAGAACCAUCGACAGAAUGCAGAUGAUACAAGAGUCAGGCCUAAGAAUAAAGUAAGAGGACAAACAAGAGGGUUGAUGCUUGAAAUGAAGCGUAAACUAAGUCGAGAUGGAAAGAUGGAUGUUGAUAUUCAUCCUACGAGGCUGGUGGCUGUAGGUCCAGGCCGUAAUGACUUCAUUACUGAUCUUUCUAUUAUUGUUCGCAAGAACGCCCGUUUUAAUGUGAACAAGUGGAGCAGUGUUCCACAAAGUACUAAAGAUACUAUAGUGGAAAAAGUUCUGAACAAUUGGAGACUUCAAGAUACAGAUGUGGUUCGGAAAGCGAUUAUCAAUGAAGCGGGCCGUUUAUAUCGGAGUCGGCGCCACAGGCUUCAUGAGCAUUACUUAAAAUUUGAAACAAAGGAAGAAGCCUUGAAGCAUAUCCCUGAUGACGUCAAUGAGUCUGAUUGGAAAUUCUUGGUUGAUUAUUUUAGCAGUCCUUCUUUUGAGAUAAGGAGCAUUAAAAACAAGGCAAGUAAGGCAAAACAGCGGAUACAUCAUACUAGUGGGCCGAAGUCCUUUCAAGCAGCUAGCUUUGAUGCACGGGACCCUGUGACUGGAAAGGAGCCUGAUUUGCAGACAUUAUGGCAGAUAACACACAAAAAGGCCAAUGGGGAGUGGGUUAAUGAGGCAUCUAAGCAAAUACAUGACAAGGUUGCUGAACAAAUCAAUGAGAGUAUGCUAGAGAAUUCUCAGGAUGAGGUGGAAGUAAUGGAAACUGCCUUUAAGUCGGUGGUUGGGAAGCAAUCAUAUAUGCAGGGUUUUGGAGAAGGAUUGAGGUCAGCAAGAAGCUCUGUUAGAGUUCAAGAACUGCAGGCUGAAUUAGAUGCCCAAAGGGUGGAGGCAGAGAAUGCUAGGAAAGAAUGCAAUGAAUUAAGAGCCAAACUUGUUGAGGUCGAGUCCCAACUGGCAGAGGAGCGACGGAAACGAGAGGAGAGUGAGGCUCGACUACUGUAUCGUCAAAAAGAUAUGCAGGAAAUCAACAGUCAUGUUCAGACUGCCAUCCAGUCAGCAUUGUCUCAAUAUUGUCCACGAAAAACUGAUGAAGAGACCUCAUCAGACGAUAAAGAAAAGAUUGCAGAGCUUGAAGCACAACUCCAUGAGGCGGAAGAUGUGAUAACAGAUAUUAGGGCAGAAUUAGCUAGAUAUCGCUUGUAUUAGGAAAGUGAAGGAAGUAACUGCAACCUUCUUACAAUCAUAGUAAAAAGUUUGUUUUGAUUUAUCAUGUAAAUGUGGUUUACAUUUGGAGUAUGUAGGAAUUUGCUUUAGACUCUUGGAAGCAUUCGCUAAAAGCAUCUAUAUUUUGGAAUGAAUGUUUGCUUCAAUUGUGUUA